AAAUAAACAUGUUAUUAAAUUUAAUAAGUAUUUAUAUUUCAAUUAGUUUCCUUUAAAAAGUCACGUUUCUUAAUAUAUUUUAAAUAAAUACAUAAUUUCAUACCAUUAAAAUAUAUUUAAGUUAAAUUUUUAAAAAAUUAAAAUAGAAAUGGCUACUGAAGAUGCAUUUGAUCAGUUUGAUGAAGAAGAACAGCAAGUUGAAAGCCAAUCAUUUACAAAAGCUGGUAGAAAAAGAUUGUUUUCAAAAGAAUUACGUUGUAUGAUGUAUGGGUUUGGAGAUGAUGAAAAUCCAUAUACAGAAAGUGUUGACAUACUUGAAGAUCUUGUUAUAGAAUUUAUUACAGAAAUGACUCAUAAUGCCAUGGAAAUUGGUCGAUCAGGUAGAGUUCAAGUUGAAGAUAUUGUUUUUUUGGUAAGAAAAGAUGCAAAAAAAUAUGCAAGAGUUAAAGAAUUGUUAAUGAUGAAUGAAGAAUUGAAAAAAGCAAGAAAAGCAUUCGAUGAGGGAAAAUUUGCAGGAAAAGGAAAUGAAGGUUCUGGAAGUAGUAACAAUUUAAGCAGUAUAAAUAAAUAAAUAAAUUUAAAGCUAUAUGACAAUUAUUAUAGAUUUUCCAUUGUAUGAAUAUGUGUUUUAUUUUACAUAUACACUAAUAUAAGUUUUUUUUUUA